GGACCGGGCGCCUUCCUCGCUCAGUGUGAGGCGGCCGGCGGCGGCGGGGACCGGGACCGGGACCGGGCCGGGGACAGGGACAGGGACGCCGCUGGCGCUGAGGCGGCCGGCGCAAGUCACCAACCGUCCUCAGUGAGCUUCCCUCGACAGCCAGGCAGCCAGCACGCCCUUCCUCCUCCAACUACCUUGCUCCUCAGUGAACCUGAACCUCUGUUAGUCCCCAUCCAACCCACCAUGGCUAAGGACUACCUGUUCAAGGUGCUCGUCAUUGGUGACAGUGCAGUGGGCAAAACCUCCUUAGUGCACCGUUACACUAAUGACAGCUUCAGCAAGCAUUACAAGUCCACUGUGGGAGUGGACUUUGCUUUGAAAAUUUUACAGUGGUCUGACACAGAGACUGUUCGGCUACAGCUUUGGGAUAUAGCAGGCCAAGAACGAUUUACGUCCAUGACCAGGUUAUAUUACAGAGAUGCAGGAGCAUGCGUCAUCAUGUUUGAUGUGACAGAUGUAACAACUUUCCACAGUUGCCUCAAGUGGAAGCGUGAUUUAGACAGCAAAGUUGCUCUGGUGGACGGAAGCCCUGUGCCAUGUAUUCUCUUGGCAAACAAGUGUGACUUAUCAGAAUGGGCAAUCACCAGAAAUGACAUUGAUGUCUUUAGUAAAGAGAACCAUUUUGUUGGUUGGAUUGAAACCUCUGUGAAAGAAAACAAGAAUGUUGCUCAAGCCAUGAGUGUAUUAGUGGAGUGUUUGAUGUCGAAGUCUUGUUUGGGAACUCCGACCCAAAGCCAAGGGGAUUAUAUUGAACUUAAGAAUACGCCAAACAGUGAAAAAACAUUGGAAUUCAGGAUGCUGCUGAAAAAUCAAUCCACGGUACACCAAGGAAAUUUAUGCUAUCUGUAAGACUUCUAAUGAUUAGUUUUUGUUAUCAAAGGAGUUCUGAACAUUGAAAUGACAUGAAAAUUAAUGCCGACUAGUUGAAUUAUUGAAUUUGUGAUGUGAGUUUUAGGUUGGUUAGUGGACGAAUUCUACCAGAGGUUCCGCUCAAGUAUUCCAAUUGACAUUGCUUCUAAUGCAAAAUUUGAUUUAAUCCUUGUUUUCACCACAGGCAGGCAUGAGCAAAGGCACUGAUUCAAACAAGUUGUAGCUUACAAAAUCAAGUAAACAGCCUUCAGUAUUAUACAUGAAUUGAUAUGAAUAGCAUGAAUUGAUUGUGUUGGAAGUUUUUAUUUACGGUUUGAACUUCUGCCUUUGGUGAUUGAUCCAGGUUCAGGAAGAAAACAAACUACUCAAAGGAUUUGUUUCAAUGUGAUGAGCUAUUCACUUUAUGUAAAUCUAUAUAAUACAAUACCUCUGAAUUUUUGUACAAAGCAAAUGAAGAUUCUGUAUUAUAUUCAUUUCCUAUUGUACAUAUUAUAUUGAGCGCUACUAGACUUUCACAUGUUAAGUUAAAUAAAAUAAGAUAAGAUAUUGCAGAUGUACAUCCACAGGGGGAACAAACUUGAUGGGAGGCUAUAAGCUGCUUGAUUAAAAUUUUAUUGCUAGUUUUUAUUACCACAGUGUAAUGAGGCAAUAAAUCAUUUAAUUGAGUCCAGUUUUCAAUCAGCCAAUAGUGGUUAGAAAACUGUUUUCCUUUAUGUGAUGAAUCUGGUAAAAUCCCACAGUGAGUCACUUUCAAAUCUGUUUACUUUUUAUUAGAUGUUUGUUUAUUGUUGAACUUGAUUCAUUUUUGUAUAGUAAAAAUUGCAGGUGCUGCUUCAAGCAAGGAGCAUCUCAAUCCAGUCGUGAUGGCAGCUUAUUUUUAGUCUUUGCACUUCAUGUGGUUUUUCAGUAGUUUAGAGAGUGAGUGACUAAUUGUACUUGUGUUGUAAUCUGUGGCAAUUCAAAUAUCAUCUGUAUAAAUAGCACUGAAAUUCCUCUGUCAUAAUUCCAAAGGGUGAAUAUUGAUUGGGAAUUUCAGAAAAUCUGCAAAAUCUUGAAUUCUUCAGUCUGAAUAUUAAAACAAAAUCCAGCUGUAUGAGAGUAAUUUGGUAUUAGUGAAUUGUGAAAAUUCAACACUAAUGUUUUUUGUAAUGUCUUUUAUUCUCCCAUUUAGUUCUUUUGAACGAUAUUUUCUUGUAAUUUUGUUUUCUGGGAUGACCUACACUGCAAUGCUUAGGAUUGUUUAUUUUAAUUUGUGAUCUUUGAAGUGCUUCCUUGCAUGCACAGGUCAUUCAGCCAAGAUGUGUAUAAUUCUCUUUGAGCCUUUCCACUCCCCCUUCCCAAAUUUCACUGUCCUCUGGCAGAGAGUUGAUACCAAAACAAAAGUUGUACCUGUGCAUUGUACUUUUACAGUCUCCAGAACUCCGCAGUAUUUUUUUGUGUGAGCUUUGACAUCAGGGAAUUAUUUUUGUAAUCAAAGGAACACGAGACAUUCUGUAGAAUUAUUUGCAAUUUCUCAGUGAAAUAUUGCUGCAAAAUGAAUCCUUGCAAAAGGAUCCAAAUCCAACGGAUGUAAUGGUGAUAACAUGAAAAUUGUUUGGGUGACAAAAUAGUAACUCAUGGAUUGUAAACUACUGGUUGGUUUGGAGCAAUGAUUCACCUGAAAAAGUAAAAUAGUAAUAUAUAUAAAAAUUUAGUGUGGAAAAAAAAAUUGUGGUCACACUGUAGCAUUACCUUUUUCUGGAAUGCACUUACAAUGGUGUUAUGCAUGCAGAGUAGUAUUUGCCUUGCAGAUCAUAGAGCAUUGCAGUUUUGAUUAUGGUCACCUUGUGUGAUUUGAUCAUGAAUGUAACUCUCAUCCUCUUCUCUUGCUCCCCCCCACCCCCACCCCACCACGUGUGCACACAUACCCCAGCUUUGUAAAACUGUAGAUAAAAUUUUAUUCAGGCUAUCCCCUCUCAUCAUGAACUCUGUUAACGUAAUGACUAAUGAUAGUUGCAAGGUAAUAGCACAGCUCAGGACUUUGACAGCAAUGAAAUCCUAUGGCAUGGACACUGCUUGUAUUUAUGAUAAAGAAUUUAAUCAUGUUGUCUUCCUCCUAAUUUUGAUGAUGAUAUGAAUUUAAAGCAAAUUUCAUGUCAAAUAUCUGUAGCAAUUUUAUAUUGUAUGUGACAAAUACAUGUAAUGUAUAAAAAUAAAGAUUUAUUUUAAAUAUUCU